AUGCAUACCGCUUCGCUAACGUUCGGGGUCCUCUUCCUCACCCUCGCAAGUGGCGCCCAUUCCGAAUGCACCCGCGCGUCCCUCAACGCCGCCGCACAAAUCUACCUCGUCUCGCUAUCCAGCGGCGAAAUCUCCUCCGCUUUCGACAACACCAAAUAUGUCCAAAACAACAAGACCAUGCACCUCUCUUCCGGCAUCCUAUCCGAACCGCUCAACGUCACGCACAGCAAAAUCACCGCCGACGCCGUCGGCUGCGGCGCCUACAUCGAAGUCAUUUCCACAAGCCCGCACCCAGGCCAUGUUAUCGGGACGCAGAUCCAUACGGAUUCGAACGGCACGCCUACACUCAUCGACUCUAUAGUAACGAGUGAAGGGGACUGGUUGUUCAAUGCGACGAAGUCGCUCGAGAUCGUGACUGGCGAGAAAUGGGAUGCGAUCCCCGCUGGGAACCGCACCUCGCGCGCUGCGCUCAAAGCCGCGAUCGACGCGUAUCUCGAUCUGUGGGGGAACCCUGACGCGCCCGUGCCGUGGGGUACUCCGUGCCGGCGCAUGGAAGGGUCCGCACAAACCGGGAGCGGAAAGCCUGACGACAGUUGCAAUGUUGGAAUACCCGGUGGGAGCCAGCCGCCCGUGACGAAUCGCCGGUAUGUGGUGGACGAGCAGAUGGGGAGUGCGAAUGUUUUGUGUGAUUUUGGGGCUAUGAGGAACGGGGUGCCGGAUAGCCAUGAGAUAAGAUUGGGCCCGAAUGGGAAGUUGAGGUAUGUGCAUACUAUGACUGUUAUGACGGCUGGAGAGUCUGGGAAUAGGGAGUGA